UCCUCUCUGAGGGAGCGAGAAAGCAAAAGGCAUCUAGGUCCUUUCUCACUGCCUAACGAUUUAUUCGAAGAGUAGCAUUAGAAUGGAGAACAUUCUUUCUGAAUGUCAUCUGAAUGCCUCCCGGGAAUCCAGAGAGUGAGGUGGAACCCACGUUUACUCGGGAGAAACCUUCGCUCUCGGGAUUUCCUUCCGACCGAGAGCGUUGCAUAGGCUUGCACUCUGUCCAUAACAAGGCCUUUUUGAAAAACUGCUUUAACGCCCAAGGCACUUCUUCUGCUUUAAGCUUUUGCGUCGCUAAUGCAGUUUACGCCGCGGGUCGCGCGUUCUCUAGGCGCGUGCACGCGGGGCGGCCAAGAAAUAUCGCUGCCUGUCUCUUUAAAAAGGAGCGGAUGAGGCAAGGCACAGCCUGCGCAGGUUGAUUUGUAAUACAACAGGACUUAAACGGGAAUCUCUCUUGUCACUUUAAGGGAGACCGCCGGGGGGGAAGGGCGCGCCAUUCGUAAAGCUUCCGGCAACACAAGACUUUUCUGACGCGACGUUUCUCAUCGUUGCUUUGCAACUUGCAGCUGUUUUUCCUCUUCUCAAUUACCUCAACAGAAUUGGUGCAUGAAUGGCAGCUGUGGAUGACCUAAAGUUUCAAGAAUUUGAUGACGCAGCCAACUUGCUGGCAGCGAAUCCAGAUGCUGUCACAAUAAGCAUUGAUGAACCUACUGAGAAACCAAAGAAAAAGCAUGGACAUCUCCAAGAUUCUACAAGAGAAGAAGACGAUGAGCUAUUGGGAACUGAUGCUUCAGAUAAAACUGAGUUGCUUGCUGGACAGAAGAAAAGUGCUCCAUUUUGGACAUUUGAAUACUACCAAACUUUUUUUGAUGUUGAUACCUACCAGGUUUUGGACCGAAUUAAAGGUUCUGUUUUUCCAGUACCAGGAAAAAAUUUUGUGAGACUGUACAUUCGAAGUAAUCCAGAUCUUUAUGGUCCAUUUUGGAUUUGUGCCACAUUGGUCUUUGUCAUUGCUAUCAGUGGUAAUCUCUCAAAAUUCUUCAUCCAUGUGGGGAAACCUGCUUUUCAUUAUGUGCCUGAUUUCCAAAAAGUAUCCAUAGCUGCAACCGCCAUCUAUGCUUAUGCUUGGCUAGUUCCUCUAGCGCUCUGGGGAUUCCUCAUGUGGAGAAACAAUAAAGUUGUGAACAUUGUCUCCUACUCAUUUCUUGAGAUUGUAUGCGUUUAUGGCUAUUCACUCUUCAUUUAUAUUCCAACUGCGAUUUUGUGGAUUAUUCCACAGAAAGCCCUCAGAUGGGUUUUGGUGGUAUUUGCUCUGUGUCUUUCAGGAUCUGUUUUAGUGAUGACAUUUUGGCCUGCUGUUAGAGAUGACAACCGAAGAAUUGCCGUGGCUACUGUUGUGACAGUUGUGCUUCUCAAUGCCUUGCUUGCUGUUGGUUGCUUGGCCUACUUUUUUGAUGCUCCGGAACUGGAUGUACCUCCUACUGUACUUCCACAUAAUGGAACAAAGGCUUGAUAACUGAUACAUCUGUCUUCAUCUGCAAUAUUGCUUUAUUGGAGCUUUCCCAUACCAACCAAAAGAUCUGAAGGAAGUAUCAGUGAAACAUCCUGAACUCACAGUAUAUGAAAACAACAUAACUAACCUGUAAUGGACUUUAGCUGAAAUUCUUCUCUGUCAAAGCAAAAGGAAAAUAGGAUUUAAUUAAGUGGAGCCAAUUUCACCUGAAGAUUUUGCUGCAUCUGAUUUAUUAUUUCUUAAUUUUUUUGCGAAACGUACAUACCAUUUGUCAUCAAAUAAAACUGAUUUGAAAUACUAUUCCUCUGUGUAUUUCUAAAUAUUUAUUUCAAGAACAGUGUUUAUUUUGCUUCAUGUAUAAUAUAAGCUAGUAUGGGCAUCUGCAGGAGUCUUUUCACAAGGGCCAAAGUUGUAUACGUAUUUAAAAUAGGAAUCUAAAUGCAA